CCCAGCCUCCAGUGGACCAGCUAGUUGAUUACAGUUCCGCUACGAAUUAAUGGUAAUUAAAAACCAGUUGAUCGAUCAUUUUUGAAUCAAAAUAUGAAGCAAUUCCCUUGGUAUAAAAGCCGAACGGCACCUCCUAGCAAUAUCAGUGAAACGAUUGAGUUGGAUCCGACACGAUGGCAAGUCUGACAUUGAUAACCAUAUCAUUCUUGAAUGUGUUAGCAAUCUUCACUCAAACUUGCAAAUGUGAAUACUCGCUUCCUCCAGCUCAUCUUUACACAGAAGCCCGGUUUCCCAAAAAUCCAGGACAUGGGUCUGUAGUUUACAUCCCGGUAUGUACACCUGAUUGCAUCAGCCCAUCUCAUCAUCAUCAAUCUCAUUUAUCACCCUCAUGUCCAGAAAAGGCGCACAUAGGGAAUUUGCCGCUACAGGACCACGGUCAGACCUACCAUGCCCAUUUGGACGUCGGGAGUCGUCAAUUCCAUCAAUCGUCCGUCGCGAGCAACUUCCAUGCUGGAACUUCCGGUGGCCACGAUCAACAUUUAAGUGGAGCUUCUCACCAUGACCAUGGAAGUGCAUCAGUGUACCAGCAAAGCAAUCAUCACAGUUCGGAACAAAAGCACUCCAUCCAUCACCAUGGGUCUGGAGUGAGUCAUCAAGUUUUCAAGCAAGAACACCAGCAGGGGCAACAUGUCGACUUGUCGAGUCAAGUUCACGAUCAUGAUCAUUAUCAAUACGACAAGUCUGAUGAGUUACAUCACAAGAAAGAUGAAAAUGUGCAUUACCAGUUUGAGUACUUGGUUAAUGAUCACAAAACGGGAGACGUGAAGAGGCAUCGCGAAGACCGCAAAGGCGAUGUCGUGAACGGUGAAUAUUCUUUGCUGGAAGAAGAUGGGAACGUCCGAACCGUGAAAUACUACGCGGACUGGAAAUCGGGCUUCCAUGCCCAAGUCCACAACACUAAGCCCAAAUCGGUGGGAUAAAUAUUCCUUUUUCUCAAAAUAUGUACUGUAUUCCUAGUCUAUCUUAUUUUUAUGUUAUCGUACAAAUCGAAUUGUGAUAAUUAUGUAACGUUUUGAGGUGUUGUUAAUUAAUAAAA